CCUCUAGUUCGCCCCUUUACUUCUCAGAUACUGCGGGGGUAGAUAACCUGAUCCAUCUCUGAGAAAUUCAGGGGAGAAAAGAAGACUUCUGCUUGAGUGGUUUUUCUGUCACUGAUGUUCAGGGAAAUGAAGACAUCGCCAACCAUGUGUAGAAUUGGGAAAUCAUUUUGGGUCCUUUUCCUAAUCCCAUAUCUGGGCUUCUGGAGCAUCCACGGGAAGGAGUCAUGUAAAGAACAACUUUAUGUCAGGAGACAUUCCACAUACUAUGCCUCAGCAGGAACUUCCUUUAAAAUGGAAUGCCUUGUCAAAUACUGUGCUAAUAGACCCAAUGUGACUUGGUGCAAGUUCAAUGGAACAAAAUGUUUACAACUCAGGGACAGACUUCAGCCACAUACAAGUUGGGAAGAAAGGAAGAAUAUUUCAGUAUUUUUUCUACAUUUUGAACCAGUGCUUCCUAGCGACAAUGGCUCCUAUAGCUGUCAUGCGAAUUUUUGGUCUUUCCUCGCUCAAAGUCAUUCAAUAACCCUUUAUGUGACCGAACAGAUCCAAAAUAAUUCAGAACAAUCUCAAAUAAAUGCACCCAGUGCCUCAGGACCACCCUCCAAGGAAGAGGUAGCAGACAAGCCAUGGCUCCUCUACGGUCUGCUUCCUUUGGGAGGAUUGCCUUUCCUCGUCGUUGCCUGUUUCUGCCUGUUCUGCUACUUGAAAAGGCACCAAGGGAAACAAAAGAAGCCUUCAGAUACAGAAGGAAGGGAAAUUAACCUGGUUGAUGUCCCUCAGCCCGUUAGGAGUGAACAAGGUGAAGUGAGCAUCACACAGAAUUCCCAGACACUGCCAUCAGAAACUGAAAUUUAUGAUAAUGACUCCUUGUUCAGGAUACAAGAAGGCUCUGAAGUCUAUUCUAAUGCAUGCCUAGAGGAAAACAAACAGGGAAUUGUUUACGCUUCCCUGAAUCAUUCUAUCAUUGGUGUGAACCCAAGACAGGCAAGACCAGUGCAAGAAGCACCGACAGAAUACGCAUCCGUUUGUGUGCGGAGUCAAAACCGGUCCUGAUACCAAUCAACCUGUGAUCAUCUGAUGAUGGGCCUGUCACCUCCACUCUCUGGCCACAACAGGAUGUCAAAUAUUCCUCAAUGUGGGAAUUUUCUCUUCAAGGUGGUUUAUGUGGGUGCUUGUGUCUUAAGGGUUCACAGAACACGUGAUUACAAUUCCUCCUGAUAACUUUUUUGGGAUAAUUUUACA